GCUGGUAUCACUUCUGGCCUUAUCCGCUUCUCGAAUUCGUUGUCUGGUGCAACCUCUGGAGCUUUUGGUGGCGGUGGAGCAGUGUUUUCUGGUUUGGCUCCUUUUCCUGGUGUCCCUGUAUCGGCCUUCUUUUCUGUUACCAAGAACCAUCGUGUCAGCCAUGCAGAUAGUAUCCAAAUCAUCGCAAUCGAGAUCGUUGGACGAGAGAACUUCCAUGAUGUGAUUUCUGUUGUCCUGAACUUGAAUCAUCUUCAUGUCCUCCUCCAGUUGGGACUUCCAGUUGAUAUGUUGGUUCUCGUCUUCUGGCGGCUUGAUCUCGAUGUUGUAAGGGAAGAGAAUGGU